GAAAGGCCUAGGGUGCUGGAAUUUGGCAGAGGUGGGGAGAGUGGAGUGGUAAUCAGCCUGGGUGUGUAGUUUUCAUAAUUGGGACAAAGAGGAAUCCUCUCUCCUCUCCCAACCCUAAAUGAUGGUAGUGUAACUGCACGCGCACUGGGUCUGAGCCUCCCUCCUCUAGCCGGAGCCUGGUGAGUAAGUGCGUGCCUCACACCGCUUUUCCCUCUCAGCUUCCCCAUCUGUGUUUUCUUGUCGUUGGCUUUGGUUAUGUUAUUUUUUAAUGCUUUCAGUGGGAUCUUGGUGAUUUCUGGCUGGCGAGCCAUCAUCAGGGGCUAGGUUGAAAUUAGUCUUGCCCACCUGGAAACUGCGGGGCCUUGGUUACGGAGCCAAGACAAAGCAGCGGCUUAGCAUUGCAGCACAUCCAAUUCUGGCCCCCUUUUCCUCAUCCCCAGCCCUACCCCAAGCGCAAGACAGCCAGGCCCCAGCGAAGCCAAGGAUGGGUGAGUUUUUCCAUCCCACUUUGCCUUGGUUUCCUUGUGGAAGGGUUUUAUGCUCAGCCAUUACCUUUUAGAGGCCCACAUGAAAUUUUUUUAAAGGAAGAAACGGAAAGAUUCUCCCCUGUCAGUCCUCCCUCUAUUUGAGUACAAAAUGCUGCCUGAGCCACUGAGGCAAGAAAAUGCCUGAGAGGUGACUGAGAGAGAAUUUGCAAGUGAACCUGACUUCCCGUGGAGGCCAUGGCUUUCACCCGCUUCUGAAAGAUCCCCCGAGGACCCAGGCUUUUCUAGUCCUGCCAGAGAAAAGGGAGGAAGAGCUGACAGCGAAUUCGUUGUCCCAGGUCCUGCCUGCAGAUUCGAGAAUCUCCAACAGCUUUCAGGAGUUUUACAAAACAGAUUCUUUCCCUUAAACUCCCGUCGCCUUCUUCCCCCUAAGUACAAUCCAUGUAGGUGCUCUGGCAGCCUUUAGGACUCAGUAUUUAUUCAGAAUUUCCAACUUCCUUCCGAAAAGCCAAGAACCUUCCCACGUUCAAAGACAGACCCUUUAGGGGUGUCAUUUUCUGGAGGGGGGGGCGAUGAGGAGGGAGAGGGCGAGAUCUGCAUCAGUGCCAGACUGAGAACUCUGAAGAGGAUUCGCCCAGACUUCACGUUGGUUGGGUACUUUCAACUUGGCUGUUUCUCCCAGCGUUGUGAGGAGCGCCAUUAGUUGUGGAUAAGGGGCCGUGCCUCAGCGGAAAACCUGUGCUACAAGCAAACGCAGCCCCUCUGGAACAAAAUCAGAAAGCCAAUGGCAAAGGCAAUCAAUCAGGCCAUAAGUAGCCAUUUACCCCCUUCCUUUCCUGGGCUGGAGGUGGGCUGAGAGCCCUCCACGGGUGCGAUGGGCAACUUGUAGAGCAAGGAAUAUGCCCUCCGCCGGCGGCGCCGCCGCAGCUGCUUUUGUCUCGGCUUCCAGCCGGGCUCCCAAGGCUUUGUACCAUGGAUUUGGGAGUGACAAUGGGCAUUUCGCUCAGAUUCAAGGCUGCCCAGCUUUACCUCAGGAGGCAAGGGGGGAAAAAUUGGGAAGGGAGUGGCUCUAGGACCUGGCCCGUGCAGCAGGGUUUUGCAGCUCCCCAGAAUCCUCUCGGAGGCCUCCACGGGCUCACCGCGCCAAAGCAGCGGCGCCCUGGGAGCGGCGGUUCCGGGCGGCCUGCCUGAGGCAGGGCCGGAGCGGCGGGUGGGAGCGGGCCCGCGCUGGUAUUUGGGUUCUGCCCUGUGGCGUGUUCUCUUCCAGGGCCUUCCCGGCAGCCCCAGAGAAGGAGAGGCACCCUGGCCGCCGCCGUCUUCACCGUGCCGACUCGACCGCCCGCCGGCCCACCCGAGGGCACACAGAAGCCCCCGCCGCGGCGGCCGCCGGCGCGCCUGGUUGGGCCCGGCCCGGCCCGCGAGCCCUGCUGCCCCAGCUCGUCCCGCAGGCCGCGGCGUGUGCCUCGCCUCACGUCGGGGUGUUGUGGCUGCGCGGGCGUGUGUGAGUGUGGCAGGGGGAGGGGGCCCUCGGAGCUGCUCCAUCCGUCCGUUUUAUUAGGGACACAUUAAUCUAUAAUCAAAUACACCUCAUAAAAUUUUUAUUGAAAGGCAUAAUAUCAUUACAGAGGUCUUCCACCUGUUUUAAACAACACGACAAGCUGUGAGCGAGCGUGUGUGUGGGUCUGGGUGAGGAGGGGGGUGGGUUUGGGUCGGGAGAGAGGCGAGGGGAGAACAACUCCCCGCGGGCGCCAGGGGGCCGCCCCCGAAGGCCCGCCUGCCUCCGGCGGCUCCCAGCUCUGCGCGCCCCCGGCUGCUCCGGGCUCUGGCCAAGCACUGGGUGCGCCCUGGACGCACGGUUCGGGGCCCUGGAGCCGGGGAGCCAACGCCGAGGUCGAGACUGCUGGACCCAGAGCCUCAAGAGGAGGCGAACAAAUAGUCCCCAGCGCCGCCUCCGGCCGCCGUGGAGCCUGUGGUCCCAGCCGCCACCACCGGGCGGGCCGGGCUGGGCCGGGUCCGGGCGCCGAGCCGGGUGCACGGACCUGGGCCUGCGUGCUCUAAUUGCGGCGCUUAUGUUGAUGAUGAUUUUUUUCUUUCUUUCUUUUUUUUUUUUUUUAAAUCACAGCAACCCCCAGUUUAGCGGACUGAUUUACUCCUGGUAUUGGUAAAUAUGAUCACGUGGGCCGCGCGACCAAUGGUGGAGGCUGCAGCCUGCGAACUAGUCGGCGGCUCCGGCGCCGGCGGGGAGCGGCUCGGCGGCGGGCAGUGUAACCUUGGGUGGGAGCGCGCGGCGCCUCAAAAUGUCCUCCAGUGGCACCCUCAGCAACUACUACGUGGACUCGCUCAUAGGCCAUGAGGGCGACGAGGUGUUCGCGGCGCGCUUCGGGCCGCCGGGGCCAGGCGCGCAGGGCCGGCCUGCAGGUGUGGCCGAGAGCCCUGCCGCCGCCGCCGCCGCUGAGUUCGCCUCGUGUAGUUUUGCCCCCAAAUCGGCCGUGUUCUCCGCCUCGUGGUCCGCGGUGCCCGCCCAGCCCCCGGCGGCGGCGGCGAUGAGCGGCCUCUACCACCCGUAUGUGCCCCCGCCGCCCCUGGCCGCCGCCGCCUCUGAGCCCGGCCGCUACGUGCGCUCCUGGAUGGAGCCGCUGCCGGGCUUCCCGGGCGGCGGUGGCGGCGGCGGCGGCGGCGGUGGUGGCGGAGGCGGCGGCCCGGGCCCUGGUCCCAGCCCCGGCCCCGGCCCCGGCCCCGGCCCCGGCGGCCCAGCCAACGGGCGCCACUACGGGAUUAAGCCUGAAACCGGAGCGGCCCCGGCCCCCGCGGCCGCCGCCUCCACCUCCUCCUCCACUUCCUCGUCCUCCUCCUCCAAACGGACUGAGUGUUCCGCGGCCCGGGAGUCCCAGGGGAGCGGCGGCCCCGAGUUCUCGUGCAACUCGUUCCUGCGGGACAAGGCGGCAGCGGCGGCGGCGGGGGGACCCGGGCCCGGGGCGGGCGGCUCGUCGGAGCCCUCGGCUUGCAGCGACCACCCGAGCCCGGGCUGCCCGCUGAAGGAGGAGGAGAAGCAGCCGCAGCCGCCGCAGCAGCAACUUGACCCAAACAACCCCGCCGCGAACUGGAUCCACGCUCGCUCCACCCGGAAAAAGCGCUGUCCCUACACCAAAUACCAGACCCUAGAGCUGGAGAAGGAAUUCCUCUUCAACAUGUACCUCACCCGGGACCGGCGCUACGAGGUGGCCAGGAUUCUGAACCUCACCGAGAGACAGGUCAAAAUCUGGUUCCAGAACCGUAGGAUGAAAAUGAAAAAGAUGAGCAAGGAGAAGUGUCCCAAAGGAGACUGACCCGGCGUGGCGCCGGCGGCGGGAGCGCUCUGAGGCCGCGGGGGCUUCUCCCUUUGUGGGUGCUUGGUUUCCAGAAACUCUCCGGCGACGCGGACUUUCCGUUUUGUUUUGCUUUAGGUAGAAGUGACUGUGUGGUUGGUCUCUGUGAGGUAUUUGGGGGACUCUGUAUUUGCUCGCUUCUGUCGUGGAGAACCCAAGUGGCUGUGGGGGGUCUUUCCCCGCUCCCACUCCCUCCCUUUCCUGCUCCGUUGGUUCCUUCGGAAAUGCUAUAUUUUGUGAGUGCACGCUAGUUUGAGGAGCCUUCUCCUGUCCUGUGUACAUUUCCCCCCAUGUUGAAAAGUGCUGUAGUUUAGCCCUCAACCCCUCCACGCCGCCCAGACAGGGGCCUGAACGCGCCCCACUUCGGAGAACCAAGGCCGAGUGGGACGGCACCGACACCCCCGCGCCGAAGCCCAGCCGGGCUGCCCCGGUUGCAGAAGCCCCUUCCCUCAGGGAGCCCUCGGGCCCUCGGCGGCGGAGACCUCAUGUGAGGCCUAGCGUGGCGACGGGGGCCUCGGGUGGGUCGGGGGUUUGCCCUGGGUGCAGUGGAGGAGCUGCUGUCUCCCCGGGAGGGCCGAGCUCGCGUGGGCGGCGGCGGCGGGUGACUCUCCCGGUUCCUGCCCAAGGACCAGUUGUAAAUGUUACCGCUUCCUACCAAUAAAUGCUGACCUGAUCCAAUGGAGCCCAGACGCUGGCCCUGAA